CAUCCAAUUCAUCAAAACAUUCAGAUCUCAUUCAUCUAACCUGUGAGCCUUGCAUUACUCUUAGGCAUGUUACUUAUAGUUAAAUUAUUAGCUACUGAUAAGAUAUAAUUUAAUAUUUUUCCUUGCAUCAUAUCGACAUAUGAAGAAUUUCUAGUAACUUACAAAGAAACAAAAUAUAUAUGUGGAAAUAAUUUCUACCAUCAUAGCUCGCCUUGUAUAUAUAUGGAACAUUUGACCAAAAAGUAUAUAUGGAAUAUAGAUUGUCAGAUUAUAUAUCCAGAUAUAACCGAGUAAACUUCAAGAUUUGUACUUAACCAAAAAAAGUAUAUAUAUGCUAUAUAUAUACAUAUAAGAUUAUGUAAAAUUGUUUCAAGAUUCAAUACCAUAUUUUUCAUCUUUUAACUUUCCACAUUAUUUUUUACCUUAUCAUUCAACAUAUAUUUAAUUUACACAUUACAAUGAUUUUGUUUGAUAAAAUUUAACACUCUCGUUUACUAAUUAAUAAUUAUUAUAAUAUGUCUAAAUUAAAUAAAUUUAGUCUUUAUUUAUAGAGAAUUUCAAAUAAUAAUUUUUUGUAUAAAAUUAAAUAAAUUUUUCAAUUUAUAAUAAGAAUAUAGGAAUAUAAAAAUAUGAAAAAUCUCUAUAAUUUGACAUGUGUCGAUGAUUCUCACUUUUUUAAUAUGUUGAAUCUUUUCAACACCAAAUAAUCUACAUCAUCAAAUUUAUUUUUCAAUAUGCUCAUUAUAGUGAUUAUGUUGAAUCUUUUAUUCAACACUUUCACUACAUGGUCUAACUAUAUUACUCUUGUUAAAAAUCCAUGAGAAAAGUACAUUUCUAGUCAAAUAAAAAAAAAUCAAAGAUUUUUAUCUAAAUUUGAAGUUUAAACAAUUAAUUAGUAAGAUGAUGAUUGACUUCUUGAUAACAAUAGAGUUAUAAUUAAAACAAUAUUUAAUAUUUUAAUACAUGCAUGGAUGAUGGAUGGAUAACUACAAGCCAAUGCAAAUUGGUAUUAUACGAAAUUAGCCAAAUACGUAUACUUGAACUAGCUCUAUAAAUAUGAACUCUAAACCCUCAUGCCAAAAACCAAAAUCUCUCAGUCCUUAUUGCAAAGAGAAAAAAAUGAAACCAUCGAUUUUAAUCUUAACAGUUUUCGUACUUCUCCUCCUGGUACCAACGGUGAUUCCUCACAACUAUUCGGAUGCUCUGCAUAAGUCAAUCCUAUUUUUCGAAGGUCAACGCUCCGGUCGACUUCCCAGACAACAAAGGAUGUUGUGGCGUGGUGACUCUGCACUCAAGGACGGCGAAAACCUCAACACCGACCUCGUUGGUGGUUACUACGACGCCGGUGACAACGUUAAGUUUCAUUUUCCAAUGGCUUUUACGGCCACGAUGCUUGCUUGGAGUUCUAUCGACUUCAGUUGUUACAUGUCUGACAAUGAUUUUAGACACAACCUCGUAAAUAUCAAGUGGGCUACUGAUUAUCUCCUUAAGACUGUCUCACAACUCCCUCAUCGCAUUUUCGUCCAAGUAGGUGAAGCACAGCCCGACCAUAAUUGUUGGGAAAGACCGGAAGAUAUGGAUACGCCACGAACCGCUUUCGCUCUAGAUGCACCAGGGCCAGCCUCCGAUCUAGCGGGUGAAAUCGCUGCAGCUCUGGCAGCUGCUUCUAUCGCAUUCAAACAAUCGAGGCCUACAUAUUCCAAAUUAUUGCUCAGCAAAGCCAUACAAACGUUUCAGUACGCAGAUAUGCAUCGAGGUUCUUAUGCCGACAAUCAGAACGUGCACAACGCCGCUUGCCCUUUCUACUGCAGUAAUAAUGGAUAUAAGGAUGAGUUGCUCUGGGGAGCUGCGUGGUUGAGGAGGGCGACUGGUAGUGAUAAUUACCUAGAGUACUUGGUGAACAAUCGUGAAACUUUCGGUGUAGAUUACAAUUACUUGGACUUUGGCUGGGACAGCAAAUUUGGGGGAGUUGAUGUUCUCAUUGCCAAGGAAGUAUUUGAGAAGAAUGUGAGUGCGUUAACACCAUUUAAAGAUAUUGCGGAGAAAAUGAUGUGUGCAGUAUUUCCGGAAACCGCUGGUCUACACAUGAGUUACACACCCGGCGGUCUUCUUUACAAACCCGUUGGCAGCCAGCUCCAGAGCACGGCCGCAAUGUCUUUCCUCAUCCUUACCUACGCGGACUACCUCUCUAAAUCCUCUCAACAACUCAGUUGCGGUAACCUCAAGUUUCAACCCGAUUCUCUUCGGCGCAUAGUUAAACGACAGGUGGACUACAUUUUGGGAGAUAAUCCAAUGCACGUGUCAUACAUGGUUGGGUACGGCGAUCAGUACCCGCGACAGGUCCACCACCGUGGCUCGUCUAUACCGUCUGUUAAGGUUCAAAGCACUGCGUUCGGGUGCACACAAGGAUGGAAUAUUUUCCAUUCAGACAAUCCAAACCCAAACAUAUUAGUAGGAGCGGUGGUUGGCGGGCCUAACGUAGAUGAUACAUUCAUUGGAAAACGGACAAAUGCUACCGACACUGAGCCCACGACGUAUAUCAAUGCACCUCUAGUUGGUGUCUUUGCCUAUUUUAAUAGCAAUCCCAACAUCACCUGACUUCAACUUUCUUUUUCCAAAUCUUCAACAUAUAUAAAGUUAUAACAAUAAACCAUUUUAUAUAAAUCUUGAAAAUGUCUUGGGGAUACAAAUAAUCUUGACAAUUUGAAAUCUC